AUGAGAGAAAAGAAAGAGAAGGAGAGAAACAAAGGAAGAGAAAGAAAGAAAGAAAGCACCCCCAAUAAGCAGCCAAAACAUCAUCAACAUACUUCCAAACUUCUUCAACUACACCCAAAAUACCCCAAAAUAACUCAAGUCUAUCCGACAUUGGACAUCCGUAAUGUGGUUCAAGCUGGCCACAAGGAGGAAAUUGUUAACUGGUGCAAAAUCGGAGUGAAAAAAUGCAGUCAAGUCGUUACAUUCACACCUUUUAGAUGUCUGGCUGGACCUUUUCAAAGCGAUGCUCUGCUCGUGCCGGAAGGAUGCAUUUUUGAUCACGUGCAUGAUUCUGGAAUGUGUACAAACAUGGCUGAGUGGGGAGUCACGUCGGCGAAGUCGUGCGAGAAUAGGUCGAUGGUGCAGAACAGUUUCGCCAUGCUGCAGCCGUGCGGUAUCAACAAGUUCGAAGGGGUGGAGUUCGUCUGCUGCCCGCCUGCUUCGAAGCCAAAGAAAAACGUUGACUCGCAGCCUGAAAAGCAUUCAAUAACAGCGAAACUUUCAACAGCCACAUCAAAAUCCUCACCAUCAGCUGCCAAAAAGUCUAAACAAUCGCAAGGAGCGCAAGAAGCCACUACCACUGCUAACAACAACAACAACAAACUGACCCAACCAACAUCAUCAAAAUCAGCAGACGCCCUGUUGAAAGGCUACCUGAAAGACAACCAACCUCGCAGGAAUGAACACGAACUCUUCAGAAAGGCAGAGUCGGAUAUGGAGAAGAAGCACCACGAACACAUUGCAAAGAUUAUGCAGGAUUGGGCGCUGGCCAGGCAGAGAGUGCAAGAGUUGAAGAACAUCGACCAGAAGGCAAGCAGCAAACUCAGUAAAGAAGUUACCAGUCGUUUCCAGAAAACUUACGAGGCUGAAGAGCUGGAGGCAGAGAUGGAGAAGAUGCAGCUGAUGGACUUGCACGAGCAGAGAGUUAGGAAACAAUUUACAGACAAGCAGGCCGAUCUGCUUGAGAAGUUUAAAAAAUCUCUACAUGAAAAAGAACCCAGCACCCAGCAUAUCCGUAGCGCUCUGAUCCAUCUCUUGAGACUGCAGCAGAAAUAUCGGCUGCAUCUUAUAAACAGGUUCAGACGCAUGAAAGCUUCGACCACUGAAAGUUCAAAGGUCGACCAGCUGAGAAAGGAAACAGCUGACGGUUUAAAGACUAUUGAUGUUGAGGUAAAGAAUGCUCUCACCCUAUUGGCUGCUGACAGCAGUGAUGACGCUGAUGACGUAAGCAGCAGCUUCAUUGAUGAAGAUAUCGAUAGCGAUGACGACGACGACGAUGACAAAGAUGAUGAUGACGAUGAUGAUAAAGAUAAUGAUGAAAUGUCUAAAAGUAAAAAAACGACAGCUGCCGUGGUUACUACAGCUGCUACAAAAAAAAUAAUUUUGAAGUCAACAACUAUUGAACAGAAAAUUAAAGAAUCAAAGGAUACCAAAUCUCACUCGGAUGAUGAUGAUGACGAUGAUGAUGGCGGUGAUAAAGAUGAUGAUGAAGAAGACGAAGAUGAUGACUCUGAUGAAGAGGACGAUGACGAUGAUAAAAAGUCGAAACCGGUUAAAAAGGCCACAAGUAAAAAAGACAUUAAAGCUAAGAAUCACUUCAGCAGUGAUGAAGAUGAUGACUAUUACGAAGAAGUUGAUUAUGACAAUGAUGAUGAUGAUGAAGAUGAUGAUGAUAACGACGAAGACGACGAUGACGACGAUGAUGAUGAUUACGAUGAAGAUGAUGAUGAUGGCGGAGCUACAAAAAGCAAAAAGAAAUUAACCACCACAACCAAACAACCUCCGAAAAAAGCUGCAACAGCUACUACUGCUGCUGCUGCCACUACAACUGAAAAAUCAAGCGAUGAUGACGACGACGACGAUGAUAAAAGUUCUGAUAGUGAUGAUAAAGAUGAUGAUGAUAAAUUAUCGAUGAACUCAUCGAAACCACCAAUUAAAUCAACAUCAACAACAGCAGCUAGGGGCAAAAACAAAAUGAAGUUGACGACUAACGCUCUGAACGCCAUGGACGAAACUAAAAAAUCGCAGAAGCAGCAGCAGCAACAACAACCAAACAACGCCACUGAUGACAAAAAGGUUGUUGAAACUUUUGAAAAUAGAGAAGACGCUAAAAAGGUGACAGAAACUGGCAUCGAGAACAACAGCAACAACACUUCCGCCAGCAACAACAAAAACAUCAACAACAACAACAACAACAAUAAUAAUAAUAAUAAUGCUAACAACAACAACAAAUUGCACAACAGCGGUAUAAUCUACAGCAGCGAGAGUAACAAACCAAAUCGCUAUUUCCUAGAACCAUCAACCACCACCACCAACAACGACAACGACAACAGCAACGACCACUUCAUUGUAGAACCGGUAGUGGCUAACUUCAGGACAGACCUCCUCUCGAUAAAGGUGCAGUCGAAGCCCCAACUGGCGAAAAACAAAAACGAAAAAGAAUUCUCCUCUGCCAUCCCUCUAGGACUCUCAGUGGGCGCGGUCACUGUUGCCAUAGUGAUCAUAGCCGGGGUCAUGAUCAUGCGUAGGCGGGCCGCGGUCAGCAAGCAGCAGCACAAGAUACUCCCCACUGAGCCGGUCAUUGGAGACCUCGUGACGUCACCUGAAGAGAGUCACGUGAUGAAUAUGCAGGUGAACGGUUACGAGAAUCCAACUUAUAAGUACUUUGAAAUGAAUGCGCAGAAAUAAAAACAACUAAAUAUAUAUGUAUAUAUACAUAUAAAUAUAUAUAUAUAUACAGAGAGAGAGAGAGAGAGAGAAAGAAAGAGAGAAAGAGAGAGAGAGAAUAUAAUAUAUAUACAUUUCGAAUAUAAUUGUUGUUGUUCUAUUAAGAAUAAUUUUACAAUCACAAGAAUCACGGUAGACUGAUUGGUUGAUAUGAAAUGAUGACGAUAAUAAUCAUGAUGAUGAUAACGAUGAUGACGACGAUGAUGAUGACGAUAAAGGUGACGAUGAUGAUGAUGAGGACGAUGUAGAUGAUGAAAAAACUUUUAACUUUAUAAGCAUUUGCGAAUAUUUAAUAGAUUUUUUAUGAAAAAGUUGUUAAUUAAUGAAUAUAAUUAGUAAUAAUUGUUAUUAUUAUUAAACAAUUAGUAUAAUUUAUCUAUUAAUAAUAUAAAUAUAAUAUUGACAAAUAACUAGAACUCUUUAUUGAAAAGUUUUUUUUUGUUUGAAAUAUCGUCUAUCAAUAAUAGCAUUCGAGACGUUUGUUGUACAUACUUGCUUGCUUUCUUCCCAGUCAAUUUAAUAUAUUUGGUCCAAGUUAAAUAGCACUAAUUAUUUAACUAAUUAACCAGUCAAUUAAUUAAUUAAUUAAUUUUAUAUUAUAGAUGUAGCUAGGUUAUAUACGUUUUAUAAGUAUAUGUAUAAACUAUAAAUAUUAUUUAUAUAUAUAUAUAUAUAUAUAUAUAUAUAUAUAUAUAUAUAUAUAUAGUAAAUAUUGUGCAAACCGCUUAUUACUAUUAUUAUGUAAGCAUUUUUUGUCUCCUCAAUAAAGGUGUUUGUUAAUUAA